UUUGUCUUUGUUUUACAGUGGCUGACUGUAAUCACGUUAACAACUUUCGCCAUUCUUUCUCUCACUACAAUCAGUGAAAGUGUAGCCGUACUUCCGGAACCACAAGCCCCCAAUUUCCAAUAUUUUGAACGGCCAAAGUAUCGCUAUCCUUAUUACGAUGAAAAUGGUAAAGGAAAGCUGCUCUAUGGCUACGGUGGCCCUGAAUUGUUUCAAUAUAAAACAUACAGUGUUCUAGAAGGAAUUCAUUAAAUGAUCACAUUGUUUAAACUCUUAGAAAAUUGAAUAUAAAAUAUUUGUAUACAUAUAACGUAACAUAUAUGAGAACAUGUGAUUAAUCCAUUAAUAUACUCAUGAAACAUUAAUUCGAAUAUAUCUGUAUAAUGUAACACGCUGGCAUCUUUUCGAUGGCACACAAUUAAAUGUCACUCGAAUAUAUAAGGUCACUAUUACGCUAUUUGGGAAAACAGGACGUGCGUUGUUGGUACAAUUUGCAUUACGUUACCUUGCCAUCGAAAGGAUACGUUCGCUAUUGUGGAAUUAAUAAGGAACAUUGUAAGAGCAUUUAUUUUCGCUGAUUACAACUGUAUUCUUAAAUGCAAUCGAUUUGUAUGGCUGAUUUUAAUUACAAUAUAUUUGUCUUUGUCUUGUUCUUACUCGGUAAAAUGCUGCAUGAUCCGCUUCUCCUCUAACGUGAAUUGACUGACAAUGAGUGAACAAACGGCGGAAUCGACAUUUCUUGCCGAGUGAGGCUUAAAAACUGUUAGAAUAUUUAGAAAAAGGUGUAAGAUAGAAUGAUUACGAUGAUUCAGUGCAAACAUUUGCUUUGGAGAGACUGCAGUCUCUAAGACUAUAUUACAAAUAGAAUAUAUUGUUUAAAAGUCAUUGAUCUAUCAAACGUGCGUGGAAUGUGCAGUAGCAUCGCUACCAUCUAUGAAAUAGUGGUUUAUAGUCUCACUGUUGGGACAAUAAUGAAAUAUAGUCUAAUAACUACAGUCUAUGUAACUUACUACAUCGUUACCGAAAUGUUUCUCUCUUCCCUUUUUCUUUUCUACGUGCACAACGUGCUGGAAAAAAUAGAAA